UGUGCCACAUCCCCAGCAUAGGCAAGACCCGUCGACACCCGAAUCACAAAAGCAAAAGAAAAGCGCAUCAAGUCGCACCCAGCUUUUCCUCCACCAUCACCAUGUCCGGCCCUGUAGCUGCUGGUGUCUGGGGCCGCCGCGUCCCAGCCGGCGGUAUUCCCAUUCUUGCCUCGAUCGACCCUUCCGCUGCAUUCCGCAUCACCAUGGCGGCUCUCGACCCCAGUGCGCCCGCCCAGACCGAUGAGGAGAACCAAGUCCUGCGCGCAACUCUGAAGCUUAUCCGUGUGCCCACGGACUUUGACGACGAGGACGACGAGGACGACUACGACCCAGAGGACAUUGAGGCCAUCACCGCCCGCCUCCGUGAAGCUGGCGCACUUCCCGCCGAGGAGCUCGAGUCGUCUGAAGAGGACGACAGCGAGAAUGAGAAGAACGGCGGCCCCAGUGACCCCGUCAAGGCCAAGAAGGCCAAGAAGGCCGCUCUCACCAAGAAGAUGCAGCAGGAGCUCGAGGACGAGAUGGAGAUCGACAACAGCCUGACCAACGGCGUCAAUGGCAAGUCCAAGGGCAAGGCCAAGGUUACCGACGACGACGACAUCAGCGACGAGGACGAGGAUGAGGACGACGACGACGAGGAGCCCGAAGAGUUUGUCCUGUGCACGCUCAACCCCGAGAACCACUACCAGCAGCCGCUUGACAUCACCGUCCGUGAGGGUGAAGAGGUCUACCUCUGCGUCAACGGUACCCACGACAUCUACGUCACCGGCAACUACAUCAUACUCCCCGAGCAGGAAGACAGCGAGGAUGAUGACGAGGACGAUGGCCUCGAGCAGCUUGGCUACGACAUCGGCUCUGACGAGGACGAGCUCGAGAUUGACGGCAUGGACGAGGAUGAGUCCGAUGAGCUCGACGACCUCGAGGACCCCCGCAUCACUGAGGUCGACAGCGAAGAGGAGGAGGUGCCCAAGCUCGUUGCUACCAGCAAGAAGGCCAACAAGAAGCGCCCGGCUGAGUCAGAGGACGACGCCACGCUCGACGACCUCAUGAGCAAGGCCAACGGCGACGAGAAGGUCAGCAAGAAGCAGGCCAAGAAGCUGAAGAAGAACGACGGCCAAGCCGUUGCCGGUGCUGAGCCCGCAAAGAAGGCCGAAAAGGCCGACGCUCCUAGCAGCGACAAGAAGAAGGUACAGUUCGCCAAAAACCUCGAGCUAGGUCCCACAGGCUCACCGCUCACUAAGGUUGAGGCUCCCAAGGCCGAGGCGAAGAAGGAAGCCGCGAAAGGCCCGCGCGUCGUCAGCGGCGUCACAGUCGAGGACAAGAAGGAGGGCAAGGGCAAAGCCGCGAAGAAGGGCGACCGCGUCGAGAUGCGCUACAUCGGCAAGCUGAAGAACGGCAAGGUCUUUGACUCCAACAAGAAGGGCAAGCCAUUCGCCUUCAAGCUCGGCGUCGGCCAAGUCAUCAAGGGCUGGGAUGUCGGUGUCGCUGGCAUGACUCCCGGUGGAGAGCGCCGCCUCACCAUCCCCGCCGCGCUUGCAUAUGGCAAGAAGGGCGCGCCCCCGGACAUCCCAGCCAACUCCGACUUGAUCUUUGACAUCAAGUGCAUCUCUGUCGGUUAA